AUGGCGAGCGCGAUUCAAACCGACGAUCGUCGAGCGACGACGGAGGGGCGGAAGCGCGCGUCGAGCGUGGAUGCGGCGGAGGAAUCGACGCGGGCGAAGAAGCGGCGACGGUUAUUGGUCGCGGCGAGGGCGAAGCCGCCGUUGGCGCUGGUGGUGCAACACGCGCGGGUGCGAACGCUGGAGGAACUGGUGGAGGAUAUGUGCGCGAAGAGUGGACGGGCGGUGCCGGUGCUCAGGUGCGCGGGGGAUGAGCCGGCGUACGCGGAGACGUUGUUGCGGCGUACGUACGCGUUCGAGGCAGAGAGCGCGCCGUCUAUUUCGGGUAGGGUGGGUGAGAUCGGGGAAUUAAACGCGGCGCUCGACGUCGUGCGAGUGGCGAUCGAGCGAUCGUUUCGCGCAUCGGCGAAUCCGCAGAAUGUUCUGUGUAAGGGGAUGUGUCGAAGGUUGGAGCGCGGCCGAGAUGCUGCGCUACGCGGAAGCGCCGAGGUGAGCGUGAGAUGCGAGACGAGCGCGUACGCGGCGUUUAAAUCGCCGAUCUGGGAUACUUUUUGCGAACGUGCGGGCGUGGAAGUGAUGAUUCACGUUCUGCUAUUCUGUAGCGUCUUCGUCAGGGUCGGAAUAGAUCGGGACUCGCCGUUAUUGCAGAUUUGCGGCUACCCAAUAAACAACGCGAUGCGCAAACGGGCAGUGUCUAAGGCGUUGGCUACGAGUAAGGAUAGGGCGAUAGCGAGACGCGAGGCACGGGCUAGGAAGAGACAGCGCCGUGAAGAACGAUCGUCGGAGAGGGGAGCGGACGCGAACGAUUCGACAGCCGUAAAGUCCAAGUUUACGCCGACGAAACAGCUUACUUUGAAUCCUUUCAUCUCCUCAGUUGAUGUCGAGGAAGUGAUACGUUUGAGCGAUGUCUAUCGUGCUUCCCAAGUCUCGGUCGACGAAGACGACGGCACAACUAGAGAACCUAGCACGGCGAUGGCGGAAACAUCAUCGACUACAGUGGAGGUAUCGAAGGAGUCAGAAGUGAAAAAGAAGCCGUAUAGAAAGCCAAGCUGGUUGCGCAAACGGAUAGCGAAACGGAACGUGCAAGUCAAAGAAGUACCGACAACAGCAACCCUGGGCAAAGUGGUGAACCGUUCAAGCAGUGCGUCUCGCGGGAACGAAGUUAAAAUCGCGAACACGGUGUACGAUCGCGGUGUGUUCAUGUUUCGUUCGAGCUUCACGAAGAAGCCAGGCUUGCCCGCAGGGCACGCGCUUAAAUCGGGCGGCUCGAGCGUUCGCGCUGCGAGACGAUUAUACCUCGCAAUAUUCAAGACGAAGAAACUCACGAAGACGUCGUCAAUACACAAGACGCGUCGUGCUAUCCGCCACGCGAACAGCACGUACAGAUUGCCUAGAAAGUUCCGCAUGUCUCUGUUGCCAGCUCUGCAAGCGAUGAUUGAAGGUGAACGUCGUUGCGCUUACUCUCGGCUUCUGAACAGACGCGCACCUAUGCCCCGCAAGCUCAUGGUGUCUUCCUCAAGAGUGGACAAUGCGGACGCUGACUCCCUUCUCUCGGCGUACACGUCACCACGUCAAGUGGUUGCUUUCGUCUGGGACGUGAUCGAACGCAUCGUUCCGGAUGCGCUGCUGGGCUCGUCUCACACGCGGGGCAGUUUACGUGCCACUAUAAGACGCAUCGUAUCCAUGCGCCGUUACGAGCGCAUCACUCUGCAUGAGGUAAUGCAAGGUAUCCGGACAUCGGACUUCACGUGCUUUAAGGCGACGACGACGAACAAGAGCAACGCGGGACAGGCUGAGGCAAGCCAAAGACGCAUGGCCACGAGGUGGAUCGGUUGGCUCCUGGAAGAGUUUAUUUUCCCCAUCAUCAGGGCUCACUUUUACGUGACCGACACUCAACUGCACAAAAACAGGAUUUUCUUCUACCGGAAAGGAAUAUGGUCUCGUCUUGUCACGGCGACCUUACAAAGUCUGGAGGGGACGUCGUUCAAGCUCCUGAGUGCGCGAGAGGCAAUGACCAUGCUGGAUCGAGCGAGCGUGGAGAACAACUUGGGUUUCUCAAACAUGCGAUUUCUUCCGAAAGGAACGGGAUUGCGCCCGAUCGCUACGUUGAACAAGCCUACAACGUUCGCAGUGAAGCUGCGUAAAAAGUCUCCAGCGCUUCGCGUGAAGAAAUUUGAAGCGAUAAACAAUCGCUUGAAGGACGUACAGGACAUUCUGCACCACGAAGCUGUGAGCAAUCCCGACGUCAUGGGUUCCGCGGUCGGGGAUUACAAGAAUGUCUUACUGCGCCUCGGACCAUGUUUACGCACUAUUCGGCGACAGCGAAUGCUCGGACGAAAUAUUAAACCGUGCAUACUGGCGACGGAUAUUAAGGGCGCGUUCGAUAACUUGCCGCUCGAAUCAUUGGAGCGUGUGGCGACCAACCUGAUUUCAAGUUGCUCGUACCAGGCACUUCACUACGCCGUGGUAAAGCACAACGGAGAGGCGAAGUACAAAAAACUUGUUUCGUCGCUCGGUGCGUCUGGGUCAGAGGAGACCCCUGGGCCACUCUACACCGAGGCGAAUCGGCGCACUAACACCGGCGGCGUGGCGAUACUGAAGAGAGAGAGUAGGAAUUCCAUCGUUGUCGACGCUGGAUUUGCUAAAACGAUAUCGGACGCAAAUGUGGCGCCACUCUUACGCGCGCACUUGAGGGAAAACAUCGUCUCAGCUCGAGGGAAGUACUUGCUGCAGACUGUUGGUAUCCCGCAAGGUUCGAUUGUUUCGCCGCUGUUGUGCAGUCUCUUUUACGGGCAUCUCGAGCACGAGUAUCGGCUUUUGAGUGAGUUCUGCAGCGAUCACUCGACGGUGUGUCGAUGGAUGGACGAUAUUCUGGUAGUGGGGACCGACAAAGAAAAGGCGGCAUCCUUCUUCCGCGCGUGUAAGCGGAGCUUUGAGGAGCACGGCUGCUCACUGAAUGAGGAGAAGACGCUGUGCAACUUUGAUCACGGUGAAGACAUACAGCAGAAGACGUUCGUAAACGCAGAUGGAAGAAGCUACAUUCCCUGGUGUGGGCUAUUAAUCGAUUGUCUAACUCUAGAGGUGCUAGUGGACUAUUCUAGGUAUUCUGGGGAAUUUGUCCGUGAGGCUAUGAAUAUGCCGCUCGGGCGCAAGGUUUGGGCACAACUCCCUGACCGUAUCUGCGGCUUCAUCAAGCCGAAAUGCGCGGGCAUUUUCUACGACGAGAGCAUCAAUAGCAAGGUCAUCGUACGCGUGAACGUUUUUCAGCUCUUCCUCAUGGCGGCGAUGAAGACGCACAGCUACGUGGUCGCCGCCGGAUCGAUUCCGGGAUGCAACAGUGUCGCACCCAUCGCGCUUUUCCGUGCCAUCAAGCGUGCGGUUCGUUUCGGACAGAUACUGAUACGACGCCAGAGCGCCGUCGCGCGCGCGCACUGCGGUAGUGUCGGGGAAAUGUCGAACUCUCACAUCGAAUUCUUGGCAAUAAAGGCUUUCCUGCGCAUCCUGGGACAGAAGCAAUCGAGGUACACGCGAGUGAUUCAGCUUCUCAACUCGCGACUCACCUCUAACGAUAUGAAACGCUCUAGUAGGAACGCCCUUCUCGCCCGCGCGAUGGACCCAUCGCGGCACAUGAUUUUUUCACACAUUAGAUUUUAG